AGUUACCUACAUUGAAAUUUAAGAUAGUUAAUAAGCUCACAUAGUUACUUAUGAAAACCUUAAACACAUUAUCAGCAUCAAAUAUACUUUCUUGGCAUUGUAAUUGGAUCACUAGUAGAGAGAAAGUUUUUAUAAACAUCCGCCACGGCCCCCAAACAGUCACCUUAUGAAACCCCAUUUAAAUUCACUGGAUCUCUUAUUGACUCUUCACUACAUUACUCACACGCAUUUACAUGAGUUUCUUAGAAGUGCCUUAUUUUUUUUAAUCAAGCUCAACGAAUCAUUCUCAGAGAAAUCAACAAAAAUGUUGAACAAGGCCACAGAAAGUGAAAGAACUCUGAUGUUGAUCUGCACUUUGAGUGUUCUUCCCUGAUCCUCAUUCCUUCCAUCAAGUUUCAUGGUAACUUACAUACAAACAGACAAACGCUGACGAAAAUGAAACCUUCUUGCCGGAGGUAAUAAUGUAAGAAUAAUCAUUUGCACUGUUAUCGUGAAAGGAAUGGACUCUUGUUGUGAUGACUUAUGUGAUGCAACUAACCACAAGCUUGAAUAAUACAAUCAUAUCCCCAGAACAUAAACAAACCAGUAAAGAAAUUGUUUUCCUUUUAACGUAAUCAAGUUUAAUCUCAAAUAGUUUUAUCAGCAUAAGAUGUGCAAUUCUCAUCAUAGUGUGAUUUUGAUCUUUGGACACACACAUGGUACAACAAAAGCGUGACACAAUCCACAAUGUGUUUGAAUUGGCAGCAAAAAUAAAUAAAUACGUGUGGGGAGCAACAUUCGGAAAGAAAGAUUGUAUGAUGUUUAUCACUUUUAGCAAUAGGGGGGGGAUGGUGCUACAUUUCAGUUGCUCCUCUUUUCACUUCACUCAGUAUUUCCCCAUACUCAGCGGAACCAAACAUUUCACUGUGUCAGAGACGUGUUGCACAAGAGAGAAGUGAAAGCUGCCCAGAUGUUUACACCAAGGAUCAGUUUUCCAUACAGGCCUAAUUUAACUGCACAGCUGUGUCAGAAAACAAGCGAGUUCCUGCGUGUGGUGGACGCAUGUGCCGGCUUCCUGAGCAAGUCUCUGCACCUGGACAACUGCAUCGCCAUCCUGACUCUGGCUGAACAUCACGUCCUGUCUGUCCUGAAGUCCAGCGCUCAGGACUACAUCGCCUCUCGGUUCUCCCUGGUUGUGCAGCAACAGGAUUUCCUGGAGCUGCCGGCAGGGUCGCUGGAGACCAUCCUGCAGAGGGAUGACCUGGACGUGAAGUGUGAGGAGUGUGUUUUUGAGGCUCUCAUGAGCUGGGUGAGGGACCAGCAUGAUGAACGCUGUCCCUUACUGGCCAGGUUGUUGUCCCACGUGCGACUGCCGCUGCUGGAUCCAGCAUAUUUCGUAGAAAAGGUGGAGUCGGAUGAACUGAUACGACGCUGCAGUGAGGCCUUUCCUUUGUUGCAAGAGGCUCGCACCUAUCACCUCUCUGGCAGGGAGGCAAGUGUGGUCUCUGAACGGACCAAACCCCGCGAGCGACACUUUCUAUCCGAGGUGUUCUUGAUCAUCGGCGGCUGCACCAAAGACGAACGCUUCAUUUCCACCGUCACCUGCCUGGACCCCCUCAGACGCAGCCGGCUGGAGGUCGCCAGGCUGCCGAUCACAGAGAUGGAGAACGAGUCCCUGAACCGCAAAUGGGUGGAGUUCGCCUGCAUCACCUUCCGCAAUGAGCUUUACAUAUCGGGAGGGAAAGAGACACAAAAUGAGGUUUGGAAAUACAACGGCGCUCUGGACAAGUGGAUCCAAAUCGAGCCCCUGACAACUGGGCGCUGGAGACACAAAAUGGCGGUUCACGGGGGGAAGGUGUACGCGCUGGGCGGAUUUGACGGAGCUAAGAGACAUACUAGCGUCGAGGCCUACGAUCCCUUUCACAAUCGCUGGACACAGGUGACGCCUCUUGCAGUUGGCGUCAGCUCCUUCGCUGCUGCAAGCUUUGACAGAUGGAUCUACGUGAUCGGUGGCGGGCCCAACGGAAAGCUGGCAACAGACAAGGUUCAGUGCUGGGAGCCCGGGACAGACUGCUGGGAGCUGCGGGCGCCCAUCCCCACCGAAACCAAAUGCACAAACGCUGUCACAUUCAAGAACAGCAUCUAUGUCGUUGGUGGUGCCAUGCAUGCCAUGUACUGCUACUCCCCUCUGUCUGACUCAUGGUCCCUGGUGACUCGUCUGGGGGAGAGGGCAAGCUGUGCCAUCGCUGCCUGUAACAACAAACUGUUCAUCACCGGAGGCCGGGACAACAAAAACCAAGUUAUCUCCACUGUGAUGUGCUGGGACGUUGGCCGAGAGGUGCUGACAGAGGAGUGUGUUUUACCUAUGGGAGUGUCGCACCACGGCAGUGUGACACUCAUGAAGUCCUACACACACAUACACAGAAUAGCACCUGCUGCCGGGUGCCAGUGACACAGGAUUCUGCAGACAGGGGCUCGCGGUUGCAGAGAGUGGAAGUGAAACGAUGCAUGAAAAGUAAAACAGAUAAAAGUUUUUACAGCUUUUUUUUAUGUGAUCUGUGACAUUCAAAUGUUAGAAGCCACAAUGUUUUGACAAAUGCAAGGAAGCAAAACUUGCAGAGUGCUUCUUUCUCUGCAAAAAACGGAUGCAACGUUAUUAAGCAAUACUACACACAAGUUAAUAAGUUUUCAUUUUCACAGGAAAUGAAAUAAAAUUAGCAGUGUGCAAUGACCGACUGCACAUUGAAUCCACCUUUUAUCAAA